AUGACUUCCCACAUAGAGCAACCGAUAACGCUGAACAAUGGCUUGACGCUGCCAAACCGGUUAGCCAAGGCCGCCAUGGCGGAGAACUUAGCAGAUGGGGACCUUUUGCCAACCGAUCAAGUCUAUACUGCCUACAAGACCUGGGCCAAUGGCGGCUGGGGACUGCUCAUCACAGGAAACGUUCAGGUUGAUCCUCGUCACUUGGGUCAAGCUGGAGAUAUUGCCAACAAUGAUUCCAUCGACAGGAGCCGCAUUCUAGACAGCUGGAAGAAGUGGGCAUCAGCCUCUAGAAGCGGCGGAACUCCGACUGUGGUCCAGAUCAGUCAUCCCGGUCGGCAAUCUCCAGUCGGCGCCGGCACUCGAGGUUUCUUCGACAAGACGCUCGCUCCUAGCGCUAUCCCUCUGCGUCUGGGUAAAGGCGUGUUCGCAGGAGUAAUCUCCAGACUAUUGUUCGGAACGCCAAGAGCCAUGACUGUUGCGGAGAUUUUAGACGUUCAGGAUCGCUUCGUCAAGACAGCAGUCCUUGUCGCCGAUGCUGGCUUCGACGGCAUAGAGCUUCACGGAGCGCAUGGAUACCUCCUCUCGCAAUUCUUGAGUCCCAAGACUAACCAGCGAACUGACGAGUAUGGAGGAACAGCUGCGGCUAGGGCAAAGAUUGUGGUCGACAUUAUCAAGGCCAUCCGCAAGGCCGUGCCACGAAGCUUCACAGUUGGCAUCAAGUUCAACUCGGUUGAUCACCAGUCAUCACAGGCCCUGGAGGAGUGCCUCGAACAACUCCGCUUGAUUACCGACGCCGGGAUCGACUUUCUCGAAAUCAGUGGUGGAAGUUACGAAGAACCGAUUGGUAUCGUAGACCCCGAUAAGAUCCCAGCCGCCAAGAAAGAAAGCACAAAGGCGCGAGAAGCCUUCUUUCUGGACUUUGCGACAGCCAUCAGAGACCAAUUCCCCGGUCUGCCGUUGCUUGUCACGGGCGGUUUCCGCAGCCGAAAGGUCAUAGAGGACGCCUUGGCAAGCGGUUCGCUCGACAUUGUCGGUCUGGCUCGGCCAGCAAUGCUAGAUCCCUCUGUUCCGACAAAUACCCUCCUGGAUAAGAGCAAGAAGGAUGAUGAGGCGCGAGCCAUUGCAAUCUCUAUUCCUACGCCUUGGCUGUUGAAGAAGAUUGGCAACUAUGUCAUCGGAGCCGGUUAUGAAACGGCCUGGUAUGGAAGGAAAAUCAAGACCCUAGGUAAAGCGUAA